AUGUUCACUGAAAUCCCACCCCACGCCGAGCACUUUAUGUCCGCGCCACGGUUCGCCGUCGUCGGCCGCGUGCUCGAGGACGACUCGCGCUUCGACUACAAGGUCUUGGAGUGGUACACGGACAGGAAGCUGCCAGUCACAGGUGUACGCGCGCCGCGCGACGGCUACGACAAUAAGAAGGGCGUGCUGGGGCAGAAGGUGGUUGAUGAUGUUGUGAGUCUCCCCGACCUCGCAAACACGUCCAUCAGCGUGAUUCUGCACCCAGCCCUCGGCAUCAAGAUGAUGCACACGCUCUUCCCCGAGCCGCGGCGGCCCGAGGCUGAGCCGCACGCCCUGUGGUUCCAGCCGGGCGCGGAGAGCGACGAGAUCUGGGAGUUUGUCAAGGCGCGCGGCAUCACCGACAAGGUCGUGCUCGGCGACCACGCGUGCAUCCUCGUCUCGGGCGACGACGCGCGCAAGGCGCCCAAGGCAGCGCUGUGA